AGAACGCCAAGCGGCGCUACGGGCGAUGUGUCAAAAUCAUCUGUGUGGUGCGAAGCGAAAAGAAAUUGCGUCAGAAAAGUAUUGAAAAACGGAAUAUUCCGCGAAAAACAAGAAUUUUGGACAUUUUCCUCAUCUCUUCCCAUUCAGUGUUAUCUCCCAAACCUCCCUGAAGUGCUAUUUAAGUGUUUGAAACCACAAAAACUCUCGUCAAUUUGUGCUAAAGUGAUUCAAAUUGGAUUUCUUUUCCAAUUGCCGUGAUUUUUCUUGUAUUUUUGAGAAAGUUUCUGAGGACCUUGCUGGUUGGGGGAAUAAAAAGAGGAAGAGUUAAGAAAUUUUGCUCAGUACUUUUCCAUCAGUGUGUGCGUGUACGGCUUCUAAUCAGCUCGCGAAGUCAGAGCGACGAUCAGCGAGAGACUCGUUUUUUUUCUGCCAUCUCUCUUGAGAUUCCGGACGAAAUUGCGUAGUUGAGAAAUUUUUUGGCAAGAACUGCCGGUUUGCAAAAAUUUGUGGAGCAUUAACUCUACACGCUAGCUGGGUGAAUUGUGCUCUUCAGCAUGAACAGGGAUAAAUGGGAGGAACUGGACCUGAGUACAGAUGAGAUAAAAUCCCUGACAGAUGCACUGCAGAAGGAGGAAUUUCGUAAGUUGCUCGUUGAGUACUGCCAAGAGUUGAAUGACCCAGAAAAUAAGAAGAAAUUCGAGGAGGAACUGACCCAAUUGGAGGCUGAACGUGGAAUUGAUGUCACCUUCAUCAACCCCGAGCCAGGGUAUGUGGUGAAGACGACGGUGGAUGGGCAAAUGAAGGGCUUCAUAAAUGUGUGUCAGAGUGGAAAAGUACAGCGUCCGGUGAGUGAGUACCGUGCCGCUGCAAAUGGCGAGAGGGGCCUCAAUUGGACACUGCCACACACCCAGGCGCCCCCACGACGUGAUGUUGACAACAAGAAUACCAUCUGCAUGGUGUACGAUGUUGUUUUCCAUCCGGAUGCCCUCCAUUUGGCCGCAAAGAAUAGGCGCUUCCGGGAUAUUCUUACGGACACCGCGUGUGAUGCCGUCGAGACGGCUUUUGCAGUGAAACUCGAUCGGACUAAUGUGAAAUACCCCAAAGUGGCGUUCAAAGGGACACCCAAACCCACAGUGAUUAGGCGUAAGAGUGAUAAUCCCCCUGUGUGUGAACCCAGCCCCUUGGAUGCCAUUUAUCCACCCCUGGCGAAUCCCAAUGAGGACGAGCCCAAAGUGCGCGUUGUGCCUCAGUGUCCCAAACCCAGUGCCUACGAGACGCCUCGCUAUACAAUCACCCACCGUCGUGACGUGGACUACGAAGAAUUCACGCACGAGCUCGAUGCAAAACUCAAUGUGACCGUACCCAAGGAGUUGGUAAUUGCAGUUGAUCUGCCCCUCCUGAAAUCCACGGAGACCGUCUCCCUGGAUGUCACACGGAAACGCAUUGUCCUCCUCUGUGAGCAUCCGGCAAAGUACAAACUCGACAUUGUGCUACCCUACGAAGUGGAGGAACGCCAAGGGGCAGCCAAAUUCGAUGCUACAUCACGUCGACUAUCGAUUACCCUGCCCGUUGUCAAGGAGCACCACUUGCAGCUCAUUGACGUCACGCGUCAGGAUAGUGGAGUGGAAUCGAUGCCACACAGCCCAGCUGCCUCCCCCACCGGCUCCGAAGGGAACGACGAUGUCUUCGAAGAGAAAUUCCUCGAUGCAUCCACCCCGUACACACUGCCAAGCUUCACGUGCAACACCCUCGAUGGUGCUGUGGCAUUCACACUCAACGUGAAGAAUGUCGAUCCCAGCUCUGUGCACGUGAAGCAGGAUGAGAUGCAGGUUUGUGUGAAAUUUGCAUCCAUCGGCGGUGGCUUCUACCCGUCCCACUAUGCAUUCGUGGCGAAAUUCCCAGCUGGGAAGAUUCUGGAUGCAUACGCAGAGGCAUGGGACAAUAAUGUGGUGCUCCAGUGCGAUAUUCAGGAUCUCCACUUAUGCGACCACUACACCGUAGGCCUCGCGGAACAAUUCAAAAACUACCCCCUUAAAUUCCCAACGUUAGCCGUUGAAACAGGUGAUCCCGUGAUUGAGGAUGAUAGUCUUCGGAUAGAAGUGAGAUCCUUCACUGCGGAAGAGGUGGAAAUUGAUCUGAAGUCCGACGAUAAUCCCCCACCGGAGGAACCCAAUGAAGAAGUCAUUGAAGCUGAAAAUGCGCCUUCAGCGGACGCCCCUAAAGAGCCUCCGCCGGCGCAGGAGAGUAAAAAGGGAAAUGCAAAGAAGAAGAAUCGAAAACAUCGCUCCCUGUCUGAAUCCUACUGCGACAUGUCGUCAAAGGCCCAAACGGGGUCCCUGAAUGAAGAGAGAUCUGUGAGGAAAUCUCGCAGCUUAUCGGAAUCAAGCGGCGAUGAACAUGGAAGCCCACAGAUUCGCUUCAAGAGUAUCCUCAAGCGCAGCUGUAGCUACAACCCGAGUGUCUCGAGUUCCGUUGAUGAUCCACAGUUCUCCGUGUCUGUGGACCUUGGUGUGGGCUCAUUUGAUGGCAUCCCCGAGCAUCAGGAGCUUUCGGAGAGCUGCAAGAAGACCGUGCGUUUCAGUGAUGUCAUUCGGAAGCAGCUCUUUCGGUCAAACUCAAGUAUUCUUGGCAGACGUUUGAAAAACAUGAAAAAGAGAGCUAAGAAACGUGCCCAAGAGCAUCGUCGGAUGAGUGAGAGUGAAAAUUCAGAGUGCGAAGAGAAGGAAAAGCCACUAAAUGGAUCGAUGCAGCGUCGCGAUAGCGGUGUCGAGAUGUACGAUGGAACUGGCAAAGGGAAGGGGCAGCAGCAUGCCAAGAAGGGUGGUCAGCCGAAGAAGAAAUUCGAUAAUACUGCCGAUUUGGAAUACAAAAGCGGAAUGAUUUUCAAUUUGGAAAUUUGAAAUUUUCCAUCACGUUGUGAUAGAAUUCAUUGAUCAAAUCAAUAUUCUUAUAACUUUUUUUCCCUCUUUAUUUUUCGGAGUAGAAGAAAACCCUUUAUCAGCUCAAUAUUUCCAAAUGAAUUUGUUUGAAUUUAUUUUACUAAUUCUCACACAAAAAAAAUUGUAACGAAGUUUAAUGUAGUUUUGCGUCUUUAGAUGAGAUCAGCAAGGAUAGUUUGUGGAGGAAGUAAAAUAAUCACACGCAUACACUUUUAAUAAAUUGCAUAAUAAUUACUCCCUCGCUAAAUGAUGGAAGAAUAAUAAUGGAAUAGAGAACAUUAAAAUUUACAAAUUUCAAUGAGAAUAAUCCUAACAUUAGUAAUAUUUCAUUAUACACAGGUUUGCGCAGUACAAGUUUUUUUUUUGUCUCCUUAGCAUUAGAUCACGAAAAUGUGAAUAAAAAAUCCAUCUCCUACUUAUAAUACUUCAAUUACUACAUACAAAAAUACAAUGUAUUUGUCUAAACGGAGGAAAAUGAAAGAAAAGAAAUAAGAAUCGCAUGCAAAAUUGACAUAGUCGAGAAAACAGUAGAAUUUGUAGUCUUAUAAGGUAGCCCAGCACUGCAAAAUGUAUCUAAUAAAAGAAUUUUCAAAUGAA